AUGGGUAUCGGCAGUUUGAUCUCCAGGUUGGCCAGCCAAACGGCAGAGGCAUACUUCAUCAAACGCAUGAUGAAUAGAGUAACUUUCCCGGAAGCACGUGAUGCCGGCUCUCUAGCGAACGAGAUAAUUCAGCGAGUAUAUUCCUGGUAUUCAAACUCAGCAGGAGCAGUUGGAGCAAACCUCGAGGCUUUCCCCAAAGACUACUCCCAGCUUGCCAAGGUCCUCAAGGAGAUAUUCAGCCCUCAAACCUGCCAUGAAUUUGAGUCAAAAUGUCUUGCUUAUGACAAGCUGGUGAAGAGAAAGCCCACGAGACGCCUCUGCUUCCUCAGCGAAUCCCGGCUGGACCUCUCCAGCGCCAUGAUUGCGGAGCACACCUUCAAGUACUGGAUCGAACAAAUAUGCAUGGCUCUGGCCAGAUACAGCUUCCGGUAUGCCGCGGAACAGUAUAGAGCGGGCAUCAAUCCGCGGGCCCUGCAGAACCCGGCUUUCGAGAGCCUGGUGGGGGAAUGGCCGCGCGCAUACAGUCCAAGAGUUGGGGACCGUAACGGCAUGGCUAUCACGCAAAUUUACCUCCGAGGACCUGAUCUGAUCACGGCCUGGGAAAUGUGCAGCAUGACCGAGGAGCUAGAGGCCAUGGCUCCCAAGCAGAGCACGUGGAAUCCUGAGCAACCGUCCGGGUUUCCUGUCUAUCACGCCACCGCGGUCCAUCUCAACGAGUUUGCACAGUAUCGUCGGGGCUUGGUCGUGGCGCCCGAGCUGAAGCUUCCUGCGCAGGAGCACAUCAACGGGGUGACGCCCAGAAACGCGUGCAUCCGCACCGCGCGGACAACGUAUACACCCCUCCGCACCCUCUUGUCCGCCGUGUUUGAAGCAGAGGUGAUUGGCAAGAUGCCGUCGGGGAGCAGAGACCGUCCGUGGAGGUCGGGCAACAGGGAGUACGAGGGCAUCAUGCUCUUCCGGUUUGGUGGUCCGUGGUCGUCUUCCGCGAACUAUUCCUCGUACGUUAUCCCCGACGGGUCGCAGUCGGAGUGGAAGGCGACCGCGAGCAGCACCGUUGUGGCGCGUGGCGAGUCUCCGGCAGAAUGCUGGAGCUAUUUUGCGCCGAUCCAUGGAAAGCCGCCAGGCAUUGACUGGCCAGUCGUCAUUCAUCAGAGGGAGGCCGCGAAGCAUCGGAUGGCUCUCGCGCCUAUAACCGACAGCCAGAUCUGGCACAGUACUUGGUGCAAUAAUGGUAUCGUUAGGCUCGGUGAAAACAUUACAAAGACCUUUGCAAUCAAGUACAUCAUCAAACCAGAUGAAGAGAGACAGUCACUGGGUGGAUUAGGUGGAUUACUGAAGAAUCUGACGGGAAAACGACGACAUGGACAAUAUCGAGAAAUCGACGGGUAG